AUGAAAAUUUUUGAAAAAUUAUUUCCUUUGUUCUUCGUUAUUGUUAUACCUAACAUUAUUCACGUAAAUGCAAAUUUUUUCAAAAGCAUGCAUAUUACGUGGGGUGCUCGACAUGCAUUACUUCAGGAUGAUGAUCUCCAACUUAUGUUAGAUGAAACUUCAGGAUCUGGGGUUAAAUCAAAGAGAUCGUUUUUAUUUGGAACCAUUGAAACUCGAAUCAAACUCGUGUCUGGUAAUUCGGCAGGAAUAGCUACAUCCUACUAUCUAUCGUCAACAGGAAACGAACGUGAUCUAAUAGAUUUUGAGUUCAUAGGAAACAUUUCAGGACAACCUUACAUUGUUCAUACAAACAUUUACACACAUGGAAGUGGAAGCAAAGAACAACAAUUUUAUCUUUGGUUUGAUCCUACUAUUGAUUUUCACAAUUAUACUAUCCAUUGGAACCCCGCUGAAAUUGUAUUCUAUAUUGAUAGCAUCCCAAUUAGGAUAUUCAGAAACUAUGAAACAGAUGGCAUUGCAUACCCAAACAAAAAAGGAAUGAGGGUUUACAUAAGUUUACAUAGGGCAGAAAAUUGGGCCACUAAAGGUGGACUUGUUAAGGUAGAUUGGAGUAAUGCACCAUUUACAGCCAAAUUUAAUCAUUUUAGAGCAAGAGCUUGCAAGUGGAAUGGAGAAGUGAGUAUUUACGAAUGUGCUUCAAAUAUACCUGCAAAUUGGUGGACUUCUCCUGUAUACAGACAAUUAAGUUAUGCUCAAAUGGGUCAAUUGAAUUGGGUUAGAAGCAAUCAUAUGAUCUAUGAUUACUGUCUUGAUACUCAAAGAUAUAAAGGACAAAUGCCUCCUGAAUGUUUUAAGGCGCAAUACUAA